GGGCGGGGCCCCAGGCUCGGUCAGACAGACAAACGGACGCCCGGCGUAUCCGCGAGCCGGCGCGGCGGACUCCGGUGGCGGAGGCUCGCACAGGGUAGUGGCGGCCAUGUGGGGGUGACAGUCCAGGCGCGUUCCGGGAGCCCGUGGGAACGAAGGGGACUUGGCCAGGUGGACGUCAGCCCGCGGGCAGGGCGGGCGCAGGUGUUCGCCAUGGACGCGCAAGGCUUGGAUUGGCUUUUGGUCCCGCUGCACCAGCUGGUGUCCUGGGGGGCAGCUGGGGCCAUGAUCUUCGGAGGGGUGGUGCCCUACAUCCCGCAGUACCGGGAUAUCCGGAGGACUCAGAACGCCGAGGGCUUCUCUCCUUACGUGUGUCUGGUGCUCCUGGUGGCCAAUAUUUUACGGAUACUCUUCUGGUUUGGGCGGCAUUUCGAGUCCCCGCUCCUCUGGCAGAGCAUCGUCAUGAUCCUCGCCAUGUUGGUGAUGCUGAAGCUCUGCACCGAAGUCCGCGUGGCCAACGAGCUGAACGUCAAACGCCGUCUUUUUGCAGCUGCAGAUAAGGAUGAAGAAAUCAAAGUCGCCCCCAGGCGGUCAUAUCUGGACUUCGACCCUCAUCACUUCUGGCACUGGAGCAGCUUUGCGGACUACGUGCAGUGUGUCCUGGCCUUCACGGGCAUAGCAGGCUACAUCACAUACCUGUCCAUCGAUUCGUCCCUGUUUGUGGAGACCCUGGGCUUCCUGGCCGUGCUGACUGAGGCCAUGCUGGGCGUGCCACAGCUGUACCGUAACCACCGCCACCAGUCCACCGAGGGCAUGAGCAUCAAGAUGGUGCUCAUGUGGACGAGCGGCGACACCUUCAAGACAGCGUACUUCCUGCUGAAUGGCGCGCCCUUGCAGUUCUCCGUGUGUGGCCUGCUGCAGGUGCUGGUGGACCUGGCCAUCCUGGCCCAGGCCUACAUCUUCUCCCGCCACCCCCCAAAGCCUGCCCCCCACACGACGCACCCCACCAGUGCCAAGGCUCUCUGAGGCGGCUGGGAGGACGAGGACAUGCGACUGUGGGCCCGCGACGGGUGGCCGGGGGCCCCGGGGUCCAGCAUCUGUGAGCCUCGGCCCGGCACGCAGGGCCUGUGGUCUCAGCGGUGAGGGCCCUCGGCAUGGCCGGGUCCAGGGUGCGCCUAGCCAGACGAGAGGGCAGCACACCAACGCACAGGACCCAUGUCCUCGUUCAUGUGGCCGGAGCUGGCCUCUCCGGGGCCACCUGCACCUGGCUGCCCCCCAGGAUCCAGAACUCCGCCUUGGCCCUCGUCCUGGCAGUGGGGCCCAGAGGCCUGGCUGCUAUAGUGGCCUCCUCCCUGGGGGUGAAGGGGCAAGUCCUAGUCCGUGCCAGGCGGGCACUGGCCAGAGCAAGCUCAGGGGGUUUGAACCACAGCCUGGCCUUCUCCAUGAGCCCUAGAGGGGGUGGCAGGGUGUGGAUGGUGCACGUGAGCUCCUGACGGCCAAGGGCCUGGGGCUGGGCCAGGCAGAUGGACGCAGCCACCCCCAGGAGGGCCGUGUUUCCCCUCAUUUUGGUAACGCACGCACCUGCAGCACAUGGACGCGAUGUCCAUCUUCCAGGACGGGGACAGGUGAGGCAGGCCUCCCUGUGGUGGCCCCGCACCCCACACUUUGCAGCUCCUGGACCUGAAGUGACUUCCAGGGUGGUGGGCCACGGCCUGGUGACGGGGUCCGUGCCCACUGUCCUCUGCCUGUGCACGGUUCCCCGUGUCUACCGCACCUGGCUAUGUGGGGUCCUCUGGCCUGACAUGAGGCACCCCAUGUUUGCUCCCCCCUUCAGUAUUACAUGAGCAUCUCUACUGUGCCCAGCAGCCCUGUGCCAGCUCCCAGGCCCCCAAAGGCCAAGUGUUCCAGAUGCUUCCGUGUGGCUCCCACAGGUAGCGUUUUCCCUUCUGCUGGGUGGAGGGGUGGCUCUCAGUGCAUUGUCAACACUCUGUGGCCAGUGCCAAAGCUCUCGAGGGGCCUGUUGUGGCCGGCGGGAAGCUUUUGAAGCCAAUACCUGAGUUUUCCUCGAAAAUUUCUGAAUGUUUCAGUGAGGAUCCUGCUUAGUUCUUUGGCCUGAAAGAUGCUUUGAAACCAUUUAUUUUAAACCAUGAAGGGAGAUGUCUGUAGCGUUAAUUGCCUCUAAACUAAAACAUCACCGAUUGCAGUGGUGACCGAGUGUGCCCAGCUGUGGGAGCACACAGGCUCUGCCAAUAUGUGACUUUAAAUCAAUAAACCGCUCAAGGAUC